CCACUGGGCGCCAGCCGCCUUAGGCCCGAGCGAGAGCCGACGGCGGGCGGGUGCAGCUACAGCCGGAGUGCCGGCGGGGGCUCGUGGGCCCCGCACCUUUACACUUCCUCACCGCCCGCGUCCUCGGACAUGGUGGCCCCCGGCUCUGUGACCAGCCGGCUGGGCUCGGUAUUCCCCUUCUUGUUGGUCCUGGUGGACCUGCAGUACGAAGGUGCUGAAUGUGGAGUAAAUGCAGAUGUUGAGAAACAUCUUGAAUUAGGCAAGAAACUACUUGCAGCUGGACAGCUAGCUGACGCUUUAUCUCAGUUUCAUGCUGCAGUAGAUGGUGACCCUGAUAACUAUAUUGCUUACUAUCGGAGAGCUACUGUCUUUUUAGCAAUGGGCAAAUCAAAAGCAGCACUUCCUGACUUAACUAAAGUGAUCGAAUUGAAGAUGGAUUUCACUGCAGCAAGAUUACAGAGAGGUCACUUAUUACUCAAACAAGGAAAACUUGAUGAAGCAGAAGAUGAUUUUAAAAAAGUGCUCAAGUCAAAUCCAAGUGAAAAUGAAGAAAAGGAAGCCCAGUCCCAGCUUAUCAAGUCUGAUGAAAUGCAGCGUUUGCGCUCACAAGCCCUUGAUGCUUUCGAAAGCUCAGAUUAUACUGCUGCUAUAACUUUCCUUGAUAAGAUUUUAGAGGUUUGUGUUUGGGAUGCAGAACUACGGGAACUUCGAGCUGAAUGUUUUAUAAAAGAAGGGGAACCUAGGAAAGCCAUAAGUGACUUAAAAGCUGCAUCAAAAUUGAAGAAUGAUAAUACUGAGGCAUUUUAUAAAAUCAGCACUCUGUACUAUCAGCUAGGAGACCACGAACUGUCUCUCAGUGAAGUUCGUGAAUGUCUUAAACUUGACCAGGAUCAUAAAAGGUGUUUUGCACACUAUAAACAAGUAAAGAAACUUAAUAAGCUGAUCGAGUCAGCUGAAGAGCUCAUCAGAGACGGCAGAUACACAGAUGCGACCAGCAAAUAUGAAUCUGUCAUGAAAACAGAGCCAAAUGUUGCUGAAUAUACAAUUCGUUCAAAAGAAAGGAUUUGCCACUGCUUUUCUAAGGAUGAGAAGCCUGUGGAAGCUAUUCGAGUGUGUUCGGAAGUUUUACAGGUGGAGCCUGACAAUGUGAAUGCUCUGAAAGAUCGAGCAGAGGCCUAUUUAGUAGAAGAAAUGUAUGAUGAAGCCAUUCAGGAUUAUGAAACUGCUCAGGAACACAAUGAGAAUGACCAGCAGAUUCGAGAAGGUCUCGAGAAAGCCCAGAGGCUAUUGAAACAGUCGCAGAAACGAGAUUAUUAUAAAAUCUUGGGAGUAAAAAGAAAUGCCAAAAAGCAAGAAAUCAUUAAAGCAUACCGAAAAUUGGCACUGCAGUGGCACCCAGAUAACUUCCAGGAUGAAGAAGAAAAGAAGAAAGCUGAGAAGAAGUUCAUCGACAUAGCUGCUGCGAAAGAAGUCCUCUCUGAUCCAGAGAUGAGGAAGAAGUUCGACGACGGCGAAGACCCCCUGGACGCCGAGAGCCAGCAGGGCGGCGGCGGCGGGAGCCCCUUCCACCGGAGCUGGAACUCGUGGCAGGGCUUCAACCCCUUCAGCUCGGGCGGGCCCUUCCGCUUCAAAUUCCACUUCAAUUAGACCAGCUGUCUCUCCGCCCCUCUUCCUUCCGUUUUUCCCAGAUUAAAAACAAGCAAACCUUCUUCCGGGACCCUAAUGAACACAAAGUUGCCACUCUCAGUUUGUCCCCCACCAAAGAGCCGCGUUGCUGGCGCUGCGGGCCGGGGGCCGGGGCCGGGCGGGCGGCGGCGGCGGCGGCGGCGGGGGGGAAGCGGGCGGCCGCGCACCGUGUCCUCUCCCCGCCCUGGGUCCCCGGGGCCGGAGGAAGGGCCUCCUGAGCUGCACGUCCUCGGGGACGGGGGCCGAGGUCCGGUCAGGCCAGUCCCUGGGACGCGUGGCGGUUCCGAGCCCCUUUACUCCGCACGCGUCUCCACGUCUGUGAGCGCGACCGAGCUGUCCCUGAAGGUGGCCGGAGCCCGUCCGAGAAAACCUGCUACCAGACGGUGGUCGCUGGAGCCGGGGCUGGCUGUGGACUGAGCUGCAUCUUCUGGUUCAGGACCCGCCGGAGAAGACUGAAAACCACUGCAAUAGAAUCGGUUACAAAAGCCGACGGGCCCUUUCGGUUAAUAGGAAACAACAAACUAAAACGUAAUCUCUGUAAAAUAGGCUCAGCUAAUAUAGCAGCAGUGAUAUUUAAAAUAAUAUUGCUGUAGUGCAGAAUGAAAUACUUUAACAACUGAAGUUGUGGAACAGCAUUUCCUGUAACAGGAUUGGCUUAGAAAUGUGAAGUUGCUCAGUCAACACAAAUAAACAAAUGUUUCGUUUCCCACUUUUCGUAAUAAGUACAGCUGUAGCUCCUUAUGUCCAGCCGACCCUGUGCUGUGGGGACUCGCGGGGGGCUGCCCGAGGUGGCCAGGCCAGCCGCCCCUCGAUGCCUUCCUGCCUAGAAAAAAACCACAGGUUUACAGAUGCGGUCAGCGCUGCUGCACUUCCACUGGCGUGGUGGCAUCUCUUCUGGGGGUACCUUCCUGCCUUCUAAGAAAUGAGCUAGUUAGUCUUUAUAUACUGGAUAAUUUUUUCCCUGAAAAAAAAAAAAAAAAGAGUGUUCCUUUAACAGAAUGUUAAAUAUUUAUGGAACUAUUGAUGCUACAUUUAAAAUCUAAGAGAAUUCAGAUAAAAAUUAUUUAUUCUGGAAAGGUUUUUUUUGUGCCUCUGAGCUUUUAAAGCAUUUGAAGCAGUAGAGGCCUAACAUGCUGUUUUUAGGAAAUCAAGCAUUUUCUUUGGGUUUUGGGGGCCAUCCUGAUCACUAAUGUCCACAAACAGUCAACAAGCACAAACCAUUUUCUUCUGCCAUCACCCUGAAACAUCCGUGGACAAAAGUUUUCCAAACUGAGAGACAAAAAUCACACAGUUGAGUUGAAUAAAACACGUAAGUGCUUUUUGCAUCUAUUUAGAAUUUAAGACUGCAUUUUGUAAACGAGUAGCUUGCAGCUUUCAUUUUAUUUUAAUGUCUCAAAAUUGAAGCCACUGUGAAAAUAAUUUCCAAGGGAAGUGCAUUUUUGUUCAAUCUCUCUGCUCCUACUUCAUUAGUUCCAUCGGCAUUUUUCUUUUCAGUCUGGUUCUUGUGUGUAUGUCUCUGUGACCACUCUGAAAUCUGACGAUGGCCUCUGCCCAGUUUGACAAGUAACAAUUUUCACACCAAAUGUGAAUCAGAACACGAGAAACAUCACUGCCUGUCCGCUUGGAGGAGAGGAUGAAAGAUGAAAGGCUGCCCACGAGGAGGGGUCAAGGGCACCGUCACCUCGCAGACUGCCACCUGCUGCGUGGAGGGCGUAUGUCCUCACUUGUUCUCCACUUGGUCUCUCUCUGAAUCCUGGUCCUCAAGUCUUCCCACGGAUUGGUUUUUGUCAUCGUGACUGAGAUGUGCAGAAAGUUGCUUGUGUUGCGUGAAGAGAGAGAAGCAGCCGUGGUGCCAAGUGCCAAGGCCCCUGCGAGAAAUGCUCUGGACUCUGUUGUUUUGUUCAUUAAUGAAGACAGUGACGACCUUUGAGUUCCAGCCUCGAGGGUCAUCAGCAGUCAACUGGUGGCCGCCGCCUGAAUGGGAAGAUGUCCCGCCCCGCUUCUGGGCACAGCGACCAAGGAAGGGCACUGGGAGCCAAGGAACGUCUGACCUGCGGCCCGAGGUAGGAGUUGUUCCCACGGGGAGCAGGUGGCACAAGUGCUUGACUUGGGCUGCUGCAGCCACCACUGCCAAGGAUCCGUGCUGGGGCUGCAGGUCCCUGGUGAUCUGCGCGCCCCUUCCUGGAAAAGCACCCUGAGCGGGGUGCCCAGCCGCGGCUGUAAACGCCUCCUUCCUCCCCGCCCCCCCCCAGCUCCAGAAGCGAAGCAACGCUGCUAUCUGUGCACUGCGCAUAUCCCACAGCAAGUAUUAAACACAUCAGCCUCUAACCGUGAGAAGGUUCUAAAGGUAGAAAAAAUGCCUGCUUCCCCAAGCCUGUGCUUGCUUAUUACCAUGGCUAAAUGAAAACUGGAAAGUGACUUCAAAGCCAAUGUAAAUUGGAUAUAACCAUACUAAUUAAUAUUAAAAGUUCUCUUUAGGCAGUAUUAAAAGUUUUAAAUAUCAGUAUGGAAAUAGAACUUUUGGGGACUCUGAUAAUGGCAUGUAGAAACUACGCACAUUGGAGUUCCUGUCAUGGCUCAGUGCAAACGAAUCUGAUUAGUAUCCAUGAGGUUACAGGUUCAAUCCCUGGCCUUGCUCAGUGGGUUAAGGAUCCGGCGUUGCUGUGACUGUGGUGUAGGCUGGCAGCUACAGCUCUGAUUUGACCCUAGCCUGGGAACCUCCAUCUGUCACAGGAGCAGCUCUAAAAAGACAAAAACAAAAACUACCCAGUUGUUUUUUUUUUUUUUUUAAAGAAAAUACUAAUAACUGAGUAGGGGAAAAAAAGGUAAUAGAGUCAAAAUUUGAAAUUGGCACCAUUUUCUAUUCAUGGUGGGAAAAUGACAGAUUUCACCUUGAAAUUGGUCAGAAGUUGUAUGUGAUGUUUACCGUGAAGAAAAGACACAAGACGCUUAAGUUAAAAAUGGCUCCUCAGUCACGUUUGAGCCUCCUCAGAGGGACAGGGCGCAGGUGACAGGCCUUGUGCAGCUUUUCAUCAAGUACACAUCUGUGUUCACUGAGAAAUGCAAGCAGCUCGGCUAGGUGACUUCUCCGUAUUUAUAAAGCAAAGAGGAAGGCAAAUGCUGAUUUAUCAACAAUUACUGUUAUUCUAGAUCAGAUCAUUCCUUUUUUAUUAGUAGCAGCGUUUAUUCUCAAUUGCAAAUGAUGCUAAUAGGUGGGGAUAAUUUGUUUCCUUUUGUUUAAUGGAUGAUCUCAUUUGCUGAAUGAUUUAGAGUAAAAUUAGCCACCGCGUGGCUCUGUGUAUAGCGAACAGGUUUUCUUUCUCUCCACUGGGGGUGAGCUCUUGCCUGCAGUGGAGGCAGGGUGUGGAGGGAAAGCUGGAGAUGUCUGAUUAGUUACAACAGCACUCUGACCGGAAGGCUGUAGUUGGCUUGAAGGAGACAAGACUAAGUAACCUAAUCCAUCUCGAUUUAGUGUUUUCAUAAAAAAUACACUGAAAAUUAAUUGAAAUGGGUCUCAGACAUGUCUACAAAUAUGGGUACUAUUUUUAUGCCCGUGUAUUUUCACAUUUAAUAAAAAUAUUUAUGGUCAAAUCAGUA